CUAGACCUUGAUAUUGGGGAAAAUUCAUUGCUGAAUGCAUUGUUUUACCUAUGCCCGGUUCAAGAUAAAAUUAAUUGAAAUGAAUUAUGAGUUAAUUUGUUCAUAGGUAUGGUUUAUAAUAUUUUGUCUUUGUAGUUUUGCUUUUAUAAAUUUUAAAAGAAAACGUAUUGCUAUUGUUUUAAGUGAUGGGGUCUUGCUGUGUUGCUAGGCUAUUCUCGAACUCCUAGGCUUAAGUGAUUCUCCCUCUACAGCCUUUGAAGUAGCUGGGGUUACAGAGGUUAGCUGCCAUGCCCGGUUAUAAGGUAUUGUUAAUUUCUGUGAAUCUUGGAAUGAUUUUUGCAAAGCAUGCUGUACAAAUCAGUUAUUGUUAACUGUUGGUUUUAUUCUAUGGUCUUCCAUGUGAUGGUCAGUAGGUGUGACCACAGAGACUCAGGAAAGCAAAGUUUAUUAUUAUCACAGGCCUUAGAGAGGUAGUCACUAUAUGCUACACAGUGCUAGAGGGGAAAACCUAUCUUGGACAUGCAGAAGAAGCAGGAACAAGAAAAGCACCUAGGCCAUAGGCUAUACUGGGUUUACCAAGGGAAAGGCAAGACAGAGCAGGAUAAGAAAUAUGGGAUUGGCUAGUUUGAAUAAUUUUGGCAGGCUCUAGGCUACAGCAGUAUUCCCUAGUUGCCUGACCCUAGAAUUAAAGCACAGGAACUUUGCCUCAUAAAUUGUAUGGGCUGAAUAGAUAAGGAUUAGCUUUGGAAUUGUCAGUGAACGUAUUAAAGACACAUUAAAGUCAUACUCCUGGGUGAGCCAUUUGGUAUUUGUAGGAGUAGCUAACCCUGGGAGGACAAUCUGUCAUAGCCAGAAAGAUUUAAGAUGUUAAGACAUCAUAAUAUUCAGAAAAUGAAAAUAUAAACUAUAUAUUUUUAAUAACUUUUAUGUAAGUGUGUUUUCACUGCUCCAUAUGCAACAUUUUCAUAAGAUUUGGAUGUUUUUAUUUCUGAAAUACCUUAAAUAAGACAACGCUGUAUAUCUUUAGGUGUUUUCUGGAUAAUUCUAACUAUUUAAAUUUUGAGAUAUUGUAAUAUUAGAAAUUAGACCAAAGUGAGAAAUUUUAUCUAGUUAAGAGUAUCGAAAUGCAGAUGGAUUGUGUAUUAGUACUUUAGUUCUUUAUAGUAAGAAUUAUGUCUGGAAGAAACUGAAUAAGAAAAAUGAACAUGUAAUAACUAGGAAACCAGUAAAAUUUGUUUCAAGUUGUAAAUACCAGUAGAAGGUCUAAACAUUUUUCCAGAUAAAAUGGAUCCUUAGACACUUUUUUGGCAGGGAGAGUUCAUUGUCCACUUUGUAGGAAAGGUUUUAAAAAUUGUUGGGCCAGGCACAGUGGCUCAUGCCUGUAAUCCCAGAAUUUUAGGAGGCUGGGUUGGGUGGAUUACCUGAGGUCUGCAGUUCGAGAACAGCCUGACCCAUGUGGUGAAACCCCAUCUCUACUAACAAUAUGAAAAUUAGUUGGGUGUGGUCGCAGGCAAUUGUAAUCCUAGCUUCUCAGGAGGCUGAGACAUGAGAAUCACUUGAGCCUGGAAGACAGAGAUUACGGUGAGCCAAGAUCAUGCCACUGCACUCCAGCCUGGGUGACUGAGCAAGACUCUGUCAAAAACAAAACAAAAUUGAAAACUGUACAGUGUACAAAAAUCGACAGUACUUCCAAAAUAUAAAGAAAAAAAAGUUACGAAUUCUGCAUAAAGCAAGAAAGGAGAAAUAAGGACUAACACAUCUUUUCUAUUUUAUGUGUGUUUGUAAUUCAAGAAUGGGUAGUAGACUGUCCGAAAUGUAGAGUAGUAUGGUAUUACUUUAUUCUAAAACAAGCAAAUAUCAGCUCUUUUAAAAAGUAUUUAAUGGUUAGAAAUAACCUAUGUAACAUUAAUGUAAAAUAUAUAAUGUACAUACUAUAAUAUUUCGUGUAUAAAAUUAUAUAUUGUGCUUAAAAUUGUAGAAGCACAAAACUGAUUGAAUCUUUUCCUUUUUAUCAUAGCUUAUUUUCAGGUUUCCUUUUCUAGCAACCCUGAUGAAUAAUAAAUCAAAAGUGUUUAACCUCACUUAUAAAUUGAAAAUAUGAAGUAACCACAUAUCCCUUUCACAUAACUGGUUAGGAAAUGGCCAAAAUGUGUCAAGGAUAUGAGGAACUAGGCAUUGUGUGCACUCUUUGUAGUAGUGAAGGGUUGUAUUAAAAUUAAACUUUGAAGUUACUGAAAUUUUAAAUGUUUACGUCCUCCUGCUUAACUUCUGUUAAUUAUCUUUUGAGAAGAAUAAUGCAGCAAGUACAUGGGUACUAGUGAUUUUUGCCUGAGUCUUAAUUUAUAGACAUGAUUGAGUAAUGGUGAGAUGGAGAGGUCAGUGCUAAAAGUUUAAUGUUGCUGACUGUUUCUUUCCAAAUGAGAUGUACAACAUACCCCACAGAGCCACAGUAGUCAGUCAGGAGGUAAAAGGUAAGGUGAAAGGCACAGGUCACAGCCUUUAUUGGUAUUUCUGUGAGACAGGCAAGGCAGGGCAAUCAAAUGUCAGAAUUGGCUAGUUUGUUAGAAUAAUCCCAGGGAUCUGUGGGGCAUAGUGGAUGCCAGUAGGUUUCUGGUACAUGGCUCUGAGUUGGUUUACAGGAGGGGAAAUACUGGUUGUAUAUGAUAGUUAAAUAAAGCAAAUAGUUAGAGGUUUGGACUCGGGAUUGUUUGGUUUAUAUGGUAAAGGUAUGGUUUAGUUUAGUUUAGCCAGCUCUGAAAGAGCUGGUCUCCCUAGCCUACAAGGUACCCCAGAAAUGUCAAAACAAUAUAAGGAAUAUAAAAUAAAAAUUAGAUUAAUACAGUUAGUUACUUAGCUCUUCAGAAUGUCAAAAAGUGGGAAACAGCCUCAAUGUUGUAUAAUUAAAAAGUUAGUUAAAUGAUUGCUGGAACAGUAUUAUAAUAAGCAAUGUAUUCUCAUAGACGUAAUGCAAUAUACGUUUCUGCUUCCAGAAAUUGUCGUGGGAAUAAAAGCAUAAAAUAUGUUACUGUGUCUCUCUGUGUAUACAUGUAUGUGUGUUUAUGUAAAUAGAAGAAAACUUACCUCUGUGUAGAAAAUUUGUAAGAAUAAACCUUUAAAAUAAACGGAAAAUGUAAUAGAGCUUAAUUUCAAAAUAUAACAUUAUUUUAAACAAUGAUAAAAUAUAUUUUACAGUGUCCUCUAAGAAGAGACAAGUGCUGAAAAUGGUAUAUAAUAUAUGUGGCAUAUGAUUUGUAUUUUGAUACUUAAUGAGUUUCCAUUUUCCCAGGUUUGUGAUUAUAUUGUGGUCUGAAAGCAGUUAUGAUUCUAAUGAUAUGAGUUUAAACGGAAUAGAAUUUUUCCUGUCUUAACCAUUUCCAUCUUGAACUCAGUUGGAGAGCCAGAGCCUACAGAGGAGGACAUUGAGAAGAAUCCAGAGCUAAAGAAGUUACAGAUCUAUGGGCCAGGUCCCAAAAUGAUGGGCUUGGGCCUUAUGGCUAAGGAUAAGGAUAAGACUGUGCAUAAGAAAGUCACAUGCCCCCCAACUGUUAUGGUGAAGGAUGAGCAAAGUGGAGGUGGGAACGUGUCAUCAACAUUGCUCAAGCAGCACUUGAGCCUAGAGCCCUGCACUAAGACAACCAUGCAGCUUCGAAAGAAUCACAGCAGUGCCCAGUUUAUUGACUCAUAUAUUUGCCAAGUAUGCUCCCGUGGGGAUGAAGAUGAUAAGCUUCUUUUCUGUGAUGGUUGUGAUGACAAUUACCACAUCUUCUGCUUGUUGCCACCCCUUCCUGAAAUCCCCAGAGGCAUCUGGAGGUGCCCAAAAUGUAUCUUGGCGGAGUGUAAACAGCCUCCUGAAGCUUUUGGAUUUGAACAGGCUACCCAGGAGUACACUUUGCAGAGUUUUGGUGAAAUGGCUGAUUCCUUCAAGUCUGACUACUUCAACAUGCCUGUACAUAUGGUGCCUACAGAACUUGUAGAGAAGGAAUUCUGGAGGCUGGUGAGCAGCAUUGAGGAAGACGUGACAGUUGAAUAUGGAGCUGAUAUUCAUUCCAAAGAAUUUGGCAGUGGCUUUCCUGUCAGCAAUAGCAAACAAAACUUAUCUCCUGAGGAGAAGGAGUAUGCGACCAGUGGUUGGAACCUGAAUGUGAUGCCGGUGCUAGAUCAGUCUGUUCUCUGUCACAUCAAUGCAGACAUCUCAGGCAUGAAGGUGCCCUGGCUGUAUGUGGGCAUGGUUUUCUCAGCAUUUUGUUGGCAUAUUGAGGAUCACUGGAGUUACUCUAUUAACUAUCUGCAUUGGGGUGAGCCAAAGACCUGGUAUGGUGUACCCUCCCUGGCAGCAGAGCAUUUGGAGGAGGUGAUGAAGAUGCUGACACCUGAGCUGUUUGAUAGCCAGCCUGAUCUCCUACACCAGCUUGUCACUCUCAUGAAUCCCAACACUUUGAUGUCCCAUGGUGUGCCAGUUGUCCGCACAAACCAGUGUGCAGGGGAAUUUGUCAUCACUUUUCCUCGUGCUUACCACAGUGGUUUUAACCAAGGCUACAAUUUUGCUGAAGCUGUCAACUUUUGUACUGCUGACUGGCUACCUGCUGGACGCCAGUGCAUUGAACACUACCGCCGGCUCCGGCGCUAUUGUGUCUUCUCCCACGAGGAGCUCAUCUGCAAGAUGGCUGCCUUCCCAGAGACGUUGGAUCUCAAUCUAGCAGUAGCUGUGCACAAGGAGAUGUUCAUUAUGGUUCAGGAGGAGCGACGUCUACGAAAGGCCCUUUUGGAGAAGGGCGUCACGGAGGCUGAGCGAGAGGCUUUUGAGCUGCUCCCAGAUGAUGAACGCCAGUGCAUCAAGUGCAAGACCACGUGCUUCUUGUCAGCCCUGGCCUGCUAUGACUGCCCAGAUGGCCUUGUAUGCCUUUCCCACAUCAAUGACCUCUGCAAGUGCUCUAGCAGCCGACAGUACCUACGGUAUCGGUACACCUUGGAUGAGCUCCCCACCAUGCUGCAUAAACUGAAGAUUCGGGCUGAGUCUUUUGACACCUGGGCCAACAAAGUGCGAGUGGCCUUGGAGGUGGAGGAUGGCCGUAAGCGCAGCUUUGAAGAGCUAAGGGCACUGGAGUCUGAGGCUCGUGAGAGGAGGUUUCCUAAUAGUGAGCUGCUUCAGCGACUGAAGAACUGCCUGAGUGAGGUGGAGGCUUGUAUUGCUCAAGUCCUGGGGCUGGUCAGUGGUCAGGUGGCCAGGAUGGACACUCCACAGCUGACCUUGACUGAACUCCGGGUCCUUCUUGAGCAGAUGGGCAGCCUGCCCUGUGCCAUGCAUCAGAUUGGGGAUGUCAAGGAUGUCCUGGAACAGGUGGAGGCCUAUCAAGCUGAGGCUCGUGAGGCUCUGGCCACACUGCCCUCUAGUCCAGGGCUAUUGCGGUCCCUGUUGGAGAGGGGGCAGCAGCUGGGUAUAGAGGUGCCUGAAGCCCAUCAGCUUCAGCAGCAGGUGGAGCAGGUGCAAUGGCUAGAUGAAGUGAAGCAGGCCCUGGCCCCUUCUGCUCACAGGGGCUCUCUGGUCAUCAUGCAGGGGCUUUUGGUUAUGGGUGCCAAGAUAGCCUCCAGCCCUUCUGUGGACAAGGCCCGGGCUGAGCUGCAAGAGCUACUGACCAUUGCAGAGCGCUGGGAAGAAAAGGCUCAUUUCUGCCUGGAGGCCAGGCAGAAGCAUCCACCAGCCACAUUGGAAGCCAUAAUUCGUGAGACAGAAAACAUCCCUGUUCACCUGCCUAACAUCCAGGCUCUCAAAGAAGCUCUGACUAAGGCACAAGCUUGGAUUGCCGAUGUGGAUGAGAUCCAAAAUGGUGACCACUACCCCUGUCUGGAUGACUUGGAGGGCCUGGUGGCUGUGGGCCGGGACCUGCCUGUGGGGCUGGAAGAGCUGAGACAGCUAGAGCUGCAGGUAUUGACAGCACAUUCCUGGAGAGAGAAAGCCUCCAAGACCUUUCUUAAGAAGAAUUCUUGCUACACACUGCUUGAGGUGCUUUGCCCGUGUGCAGACGCUGGCUCAGACAGCACCAAGCGUAGCCGGUGGAUGGAGAAGGCGCUGGGGUUGUACCAGUGUGACACAGAGCUGCUGGGGCUGUCUGCACAGGACCUCAGAGACCCAGGCUCUGUGAUUGUGGCCUUCAAGGAAGGGGAACAGAAGGAGAAGGAGGGUAUCCUGCAGCUGCGUCGCACCAACUCAGCCAAGCCCAGUCCACUGGCACCAUCCCUCAUGGCCUCUUCUCCGACUUCUAUCUGUGUGUGUGGGCAGGUGCCAGCUGGGGUGGGAGCUCUGCAGUGUGACCUGUGUCAGGACUGGUUCCAUGGGCAGUGUGUGUCAGUGCCCCAUCUCCUCGCCUCUCCAAAGCCCAGUCUAACUUCAUCUCCACUGCUAGCCUGGUGGGAAUGGGACACAAAAUUCCUGUGUCCACUGUGUAUGCGCUCACGACGGCCACGCCUAGAGACGAUCCUAGCCUUGCUGGUUGCCCUGCAGAGGCUGCCCGUGCGGCUGCCUGAGGGUGAGGCCCUUCAGUGUCUCACAGAGAGGGCCAUUGGCUGGCAAGACCGUGCCAGAAAGGCUCUGGCCUCUGAAGAUGUGACUGCUUUGUUGCGACAGCUGGCUGAGCUUCGCCAACAGCUACAGGCCAAACCCAGACCAGAGGAGGCCUCAGUCUAUACUUCAGCCACUGCCUGUGACCCUAUCAGAGAAGGCAGUGGCAACAAUAUUUCUAAGGUCCAAGGGCUGCUGGAGAAUGGAGACAGUGUGACCAGUCCUGAGAACAUGGCUCCAGGAAAGGGCUCUGACCUGGAGCUACUGUCCUCACUGUUGCCGCAGUUGACUGGCCCUGUGUUGGAGCUGCCUGAGGCAAUCCGGGCUCUCCUGGAGGAGCUCAUGAUGGAAGGGGACCUGCUUGAGGUGACCCUGGAUGAGAACCACAGCAUCUGGCAGCUGCUGCAGGCUGGACAGCCUCCAGACCUGGACAGAAUUCGCACACUUCUGGAGCUGGAAAAGUUUGAACAUCAAGGGAGUCGGACAAGGAGCCGGGCUCUGGAGAGGCGACGGCGGCGGCAGAAGGUGGAUCAGGGUAGAAACGUUGAGAAUCUUGUUCAACAGGAGCUUCAGUCAAAAAGGGCUCGGAGCUCAGGGAUUAUGUCUCAGGUGGGCCGAGAAGAAGAACGUUAUCAGGAGAAAGCAGACCGUGAAAAUAUGUUCCUGACACCUUCCACAGACCACAGCCCUUUCUUGAAAGGAAGCCAAAAUAGCUUACAAUACAAGGAUUCAGGCUCUUCAGCUGCUUGUCCUUCUUUAAUGCCUUUGCUACAACUCUCCUACUCUGAUGAGCAACAGUUGUGACAGUGGCACCAAAGGUCAUUUGUGGUUGUUUUUGUUUGUUUGUUUGUUUCUUAAAUCCUACUGUCUCCUGGCCUGGACCUCAGAAGGAGCUUAUUGCCUAUCUGUAAUUUUUCACUGCCAAUUUUUGGUAUCUUCUCUCCUAGAGUUACUGUUAAAAGGUUGGUUCUUAAAGUCCACACCCCGAUGCUCAGAAGUGUCUUGCCAGCAGCAUUCCUGCUAGCAUACAGGAGUGAUUUUCUAAACCAGUUUCAUUCUAGUCUGAAUAGGGACAAACAAAUCUUGAGGAAGGCCAAGUGCAUACCUUUAUUUUUGCCCCCACCACCCUCUUUCUGUACUUCAAUUUUUGUUUGUUUUUUGUUUUUUUGUCCCUGUCAUAAAAUAUUUUGGUGCUUCAAAACUUGUACCUUCAUUGUACAUCCUUUUCUUUUCUCCCGUUGGGUCUUAUUAUAAAAGAAGACAAUGUACGUUGUAAUUACUUGUAAAGACCAAAAAGAAUAGAGAAAAACAAGAAUUUCAUGACUCUACCUGUGGUCUAUUUUUAAUUUCAUUUCUUUUGUUAAAAAUAAAACAAUGAGUAUGUUUGGAUACUAUGAA